AUGGCGCGGCGGCGGGGGCCUCCGCUGCCUCGGUCGCCGGGGGCGCUCGCGGCCGCGCUGGGGCUGCUGCUGGGCCGGGGGCGCACCGUCUACAACGCGAGCCUGCAGGUAGAGGCCUGCCGCAUCUACGGAAACAUCGACAGCUUCGCCUAUUUCUACGUGGACAUCCUCGUGGGCACGCCACCCCAGAGGGCCUCCGUGAUCCUGGACACCGGCAGCGGAGUCACCGCGUUCCCAUGCGCGCGUUGCUCGCACUGCGGCGAGCACAUAGACCCCGCGUUCAACUUCUCCGAGACGUCGACGGCGCGGUGGGUGCCCUGCGGAGCGGACUGCCACUCCAGCUGCAAGGACGAGAAGUGCACCUACUACCAAGGGUACACGGAGGGCUCCGCCAUCGAGGGCUUCUGGUUCGAGGACAUGGUGAGCCUGGGGGACGCCUUCCAGCACAACCCGCCCGUGCUUGCCCGCGUGGGCUGCCACUCGACGGAAAACAACCUCUUCUACACGCAGAAGGCGAGCGGGAUCCUCGGCAUGGGACCCCCGGUCCGCUACGGGCUCCAGUCUGCGUCGCUGAUUCAGAGGCUCUUCCAGGACUCGCACGUGGACGGCAGCGUGUUCACCAUCUGCCUUGCGGAGUGGGGCGGGCAGCUGAACGUGGGCGGCUCCAACGACUCGUACCACACCGGUCCUGUUCAAGAGAUAGGUCUCAGCGUCGCAUCGGGCUAUUCGAGUUGA